AAAUGUACGACUGCUAGACAGUGCUACUAGUGCCGGUGAAGCUCAAACGUUCGAUAACCAUGUCCAACACCAUCGCCUUAUACCCGCUAUCGAACUUUACCUUUAGCACAAAAGAGGCACAGCCUGAAGAGGAUCCUUCCGUGUCCGCGCGCCUGCAGCGUCUCCAGAACAACUAUGAGGACUUCGGUAUGCGCCGCACCGUCGAGGGAAUUCUUGUUGUGCAUGACCACGGACAUCCGCAUAUCCUAAUGCUCCAAAUUGCGAACGCGUUCUUCAAGCUCCCCGGGGACUACCUCAAACCGGGAGAGGAUGAUAUUGACGGACUUAAACGACGCCUCGACGAGCGCCUCGCACCACCAGUAGAGUCCAAGCAGUUCAACGCGUCCCAUGGCGUUGACAACGAGUGGGAGAUCGGUGACUGUCUUGCGCAAUGGUGGCGUCCCAAUUUCGAGACGUUUAUGUACCCAUUCGUGCCAGCGCACAUCACGAAGCCAAAGGAGUGCAAGAAACUUUACCUAGUCCAGAUGCCUGAGCGGAAGGUCCUUGCCGUCCCCAAAAACAUGAAGCUCCUCGCCAUCCCCCUGUUUGAGCUGUAUGAUAACGCUGCACGAUAUGGUCCCCAGCUCUCCGCGAUCCCGCACCUACUGUCAAGAUACAACUUCAUUUACCAGUAGACUUCGAACGAAAAAGUUGGUCUGGUUACUACCGCAGUACCAUACAUCUCCGAGAGAUGCAUUAUGUUCCUUCCAACGGAGCUGAUUUUUGCAGGCCAUGAGCCUGGCUUAGGUACAUAAUUCACGAAUGAAUCAUUUAUCCCUCUAUUACUGUUGUAGCUUUUGAAACCCUUGUUGCCCAUGUUUUUGUAGUGUAAUGUGAUGAACUACUUUCGUAGUAGUCGACAUGUUAAUGAAACUCGAGGCGCCGAGGAGUUAGCCGAGAGGUCUUGCUUU